AUGAAAAAUAGAUUCCUACAACUUAAAUAAAAACUUAAUAAUUGGAAGUGGAUUGAAUGUCAAGUAACUCUUCAUUCUCAAAACAAUUAAUAAGAAUCAUAUCGUCUUCUUGAAACCAACUAUAAAAUUAUGUAAGAUUGUACAGUUGUUGAAGAAUCACUAUAAUUCAAUAUACAAAUGUAGAAAUCUUUCAAUUUCUCCAAAAGAAUAGGAUGGAAUUGGCACAAAAGUUGGAAACUUCCAGAAAUCACUGUUAAACCCAUUCUAAAUAGCUAUAAAUUAUAUACAAAAGGUCUUAGAUGUAGAUUGAUUUGUGGCUAUGUUGAAGAUGUAUCUACAAUUCGAUAAGUUGAUCUGGAAGGAAAUACAGAAAAACUCUAUAACGAUGAAAUCUAAGGUUUUUAAUUCGAAAACAUCAAGUUCAGUUCAACUUCAUAUAAGCUGGAGGUUUUUACUUAACCAUAAUUUUAGGGUGUCCAUUUUCAUAUCAUAAUUGAAAUCUAUAGAAGAGAUGAUAUAUUUGAAAGUGAAUUAACAAUUAAAUCAGUUAUCUCUCCUCCUAUUUUUGUUGAUUCAAGGAAGGCUGCCAGAAAUACUAAGAGAUUUGAUUAUCAGAAAAUUAUGUCGCUUAUAUAACCUUUUCAUCCUUUCACUCUCAAGAAAUAACUUAUUGUUAGAUCUGAUAAAUCUAAAAUAUUAAAAAUAGAAGAUACUUUAGAAGGACUUAAUAAUUAUUUAAUGGCAUAGAAUAUUAGGAAUAAGUGCAGACAUCCUUAUUUUCUAACAUUAAAAUUUAGAUCAGUAUUUGAUCUUUAUUAUAAUUCUAAUCUUUAUUCUGCUCAAUUAAGUUUGGAAUAAUUACUUGUUAAGAUUUAAUAAUGUUUAGUUGAUAGUUUAAAUUCACAUUAGAAUCAAUAAGUCUUAUUAUUAAGAAUGAAAUAUACUAAUUAUAGUGAACUUGAUAUGGGAUUCUUUAGUAAUAAUUUAACUCAAUUAUAAAAUAAUGUAAUACAAGUAUUAGCUGGUUCUUAGAUAGAUAAAAAUUGGUUAAAGAUCAAUUCAAAUGAUUUAAAUAAUAUUUAUUAAGAAAAGUACUCAAUAUUUCCAAGAGUUUCAAAUUCUGAUUAAUAGUAAAUGAAACAAUAUUUUGAUAUAUCCUCUGAUGAAAGUGACUCAGAAGUUUGUUGUUAAAAUGAUGUAAUCUUAAUAAAUAUAAUGAUAGGAAUAAAUUGAAUUAGGAAAGUAAUAAAAUCUAUAGGAAUUUUAUGAAACAAAAAUUGAAAUUCAAAAAAAGAAAGUCUGUCUAUGA